GUAUAAACCCCGACCGCCCCAAACCCUAGCCGCCUCGUCUGCAUGCUCUUCGUCCCGCGCCAAGUCGCCCUCGCCGCCGCCGCCCCGAUGGCCAAGGAGGAGCCGACGAAGGAGAAGAAGAGCAAGGGCAAGGCCAAGAGCAAGGCCGCUGCCCCCGACGCGAAGAGGGCCGCCGUGGUGGCCGCCGUCGCCGCCUUCCUCGACUCCGGCGGCUUCCCCCGCACGCUCGCCGCCCUCCAGUCCGAGGCCGGCCUCGAGGCGGAUUCUUGGCGUUCGUCGCCGGUGAGCCUGGAAGAGCUGGUUUCCGGAUUCUUGGACUCGAGCAAUUCUGCGCCGGGAGCAGGCACCGAUGGGAGUAUCGACCAAGAGAGAACUUCUGGGGGUGUUGCGUGUGAUGCUGGCAAGAAGAAGAAAAAGAAGAGCGGUGACGCAGAAGUGAGUGAAGCUGUGAACAAUGCAGCUGAGCCAUCUGCCGCUGAAAAGCCCAGCGAAGAUGUCGAUGCUGAGACUAAAGAGAAGAAACAGAAGAAAAAGAAAAGCAAGAAACAAGAAAAUGAUGAUGAUGUACAAGCUAGGCUGGAAAAGGCAGAAUCGGCUAUAAUCAACAAAUUUGAGGUCAUGGAGACAUCUAAGGAGGAUAGCAAGAAUGCCUUGGUUGAUAUUGCUCCUGUGGAAAAAGGCAAGAAAAAGAAGAAAGAAAAAUCAACUUCGGAGACAUCAGAUAAGAUUGACAAAGGAGCUACAGCUGCUGGUGCCAAUGCAACGAGUGAUGCUGUAGAGACGGAGAAAGAUAGCAAUGAAAAGAAAAGUAAAAAGAAGCUAAAGAAGUCCAAGGAAAAUGUUCAGGUGGUUGAAAACAAAGAAGUUGUAGGGAACAACAGUGGAAUGGAGAUUGAACAAGGGGAAAAUGGAAUGCCUCCUAGAGAUAAUGGGGUUGUUGGCAAAAAGCGCAAACUUGAAGAAGUUGAGGGAAGCAACCCCCCUUCUAAAGAAGACAACACAGCUAAUCAGAAGCUCAGCAAUGGUUCUUCAGACGAUGAUACCAAACCCAAUAAAAGGCAGAAAAAAUCAUCUGAACCUAAAACUGUGAAUGCAUUUCAACGGGUGAAGCUGGAGAAUGUUAAAUUUGCUGAUGAAAGGCUUCAGGAUAAUUCAUAUUGGGCUAAGGGUGGUGCAGACUCUGGGUAUGGUGCAAAGGCACAAGAGGUUCUUGGUCAAGUGAGAGGAAGGGGCUUUAGGCAUGAGAAGACCAAAAAGAAGCGUGGGACCUACAGGGGCGGGCAAAUUGAUUUACAAACCCACUCGAUUAAGUUCAACGAUUCGGAUGAUGAGUGAUCACUUCAAUUUGCAAGCCGCUCACAAUUUUCCAUUCUUGUCAUGACUACCUGAUCAGCCUUCUGAAAGAAAGAAGUGAGGUGUAUUUGUGCUUGUGGGAGAUUUUAGGGGAAAAUAUGAAAUUGCUGUAGUCCAUUUUGUUGUGCUGGAUGCCCAGCUAAAUCAUCAAAAUUUUGUAUGGAUACUCACUGAGAUGUAUCAUUUUGGCACUGCUAAUGUGAAGUGCGAGAGUAUUA